AUGUCAUUCACGUCGACUUGGACGUUUUCCUCAAGCAGUCUGCGAAUCCUCCGAACGAGAGUGGUGCUGUUGGUCCUGCCAGGUCUCGUAGCGCUGCUUUACCUCACCCACGCAUAUUACAUUCGUGAUCUCUCGACGGACCGUGUCGGAUGGAGAAGCGCAACAUUCGAGCAAACAUCGAAUCAGGCACAGGCACCAGGCAACAGGAGAACGAGACCGUCCGCCCAGGACUUGCAGCAGCAGAGCAAAGAGCGUCAAGCAUGCUGGACUCAUUGGUUCAGUACAGGCACAGUCUGUCAAGGACCACCAAAGCAUUGGUCGUCACAGUACGAGCUUGACAUGAUCUGGACUUGGAACAACGCUACUUUGGCGACAACCGCCGAGUUCACAGGAACCGAGAACAGUUCAGUCAAGGCGUCCAACGAACCUUCUCAAGAGCGUUCAUCACACGCCAUUUCAAAAGAUUUCCUGCGAUACUCGUUACGAUCAGCGCAAAAACACCUGCGCAAUGGCUUCGGUAGCGUCACACUACUCACACCAGACGAUCCCACUCCACACGAAGGAUGUCCGCACAUCUAUCAAGAUCAACAGAAAUUGACUUACAAUGGACAACGUCCAUGCUGGCUCAUCACGGCUGAUCCUGUCUAUGAACCGCCUCAGCUUCUUCAUCAUCGAGACGUUAUCUGCACCUCUUCCAAUGCCAAUAAAGACGAAUGCUCAGAGCAGCUCCUCACAGCCACAAACCCAUCCAUCACGCCUUAUCUCGCUGCUCAGACUACCGAUCUCUCGGACGUUCGCCUGCUCGUCUCACCUCAUCACGUCUUCUCCUCAGACGUUUCCGCUUCUGACUUUUGGUCGCCCUUGUACGGUCCCACGUUCCGUCUGCAAAGCUUCACUGUCGUGCCUGAGGGUGACUACAACGCUACCGAUCUCAACGAUGCUGCUGCCGCUCGUGCCAGCGCUUUGCUCAACAAAAGGUUCGGAGGUCGUCCACGUAGAUUGCUCCUCGAUCUUCCGCAGCCCCUCUCACACAGCCUUUUCAAAGAGUUACAAACUACGUGGCCAAAACAGCUUGCGCUCCCCUCUUUAACAGCUUCGAACAAUUCCUUGGAUCUUCCAUUUUUACUUGCGCAUUACACUGCUGAGAGGUACCGCGAGGCCCUAUUGUGGUCCUUCAUGAUUGCAAAGCACGAUCGCGACGGAAACGGCGUCUUUUCUGUCACAGAGGCAGAGGCUCUGCUCAAGGAUCUUGGCGCAACCAAGGACAACAAUUUUGUCUUCCCAAUGGCACGAGCACCUGUGCGAGACUCUCGCUCUUCGGUUGCCCUCAGCGAAACUCUUUCGGGUGCCCACUUGCCUAUGCGCUAUGGACAAGAAGCCUUGCAAACGUCGAUGGAUGGCAGCGCAUUCUUUACGCCUCGCAGUCCUUCCAAAUCUAGCACGGGACUGGGUGCUGCAGCAGGCAACGGUGCGGAUGCUCUUCAGAUCGAUGCUAACGACGAGGACCGGGCUGUGCCUUCGUGCACUCUGGCAAGACAAUGCCUUCUACCGCUCUUUGAUAUUGUCGAGACUUCAGGUGCUCAAACUAAGAGCCCUCGCACCACCGACAUGUUCGCCCAGAUCGCGUAUCAGGCGCCUGCUUGUGGUGAUUGUAUGAUCAUGCACCUUGUUGGCACUUCUGGGGACCGAGGUCUCUCUUCCUUCCUCCCUUCGCCGGAUCUCGAAAUGGCUCCGAUCGAGAAGCUGCCGCUGACACCCACCUUUGACGGUGUCGACUUCUCGCUCAGGCACUUGGCGAACUCCGAGACACCAUCCGUCAAGCGUAUCGAUGCUGUUUCCAGUCUACUUUCUCGCUAUGCGCACAAUAUUGUCAUUCAAGAGUCUGUGGUGACGCCUUCGCUUUUAAGCCGGCUCGAUGCCAAGAUCAGUCUUACUGCACUCGAGUUAUCCAACACUUCGUCCAUCAUGUCGUUCAAGCAACAUGGUCAGCCGUCUGCACUCAGCCAGGCUCAAACCUCGGAGGCUCUCGCCUCAAAUACUCUUAGCCAAGCAGCACAGGCACGAAUACAAGACGAGGCCCCUUGGAUCUGGGCUUUAUAUGUACGAGCCUGGCUUUCGAUGCGAUUCCCGCUUCCCAUGCGCUUUGAAAAGCACUCCACCGAGCUCUAG